AACAUCUCUGACCCUAGGAAUGAAUAGAGGAAGUGUUUUAUUCAAAUGACGGAGCCUGUGGUAUUUCCUUACGUUACUGCAGUUCAUACACAUACAGUAGAAUAGCUUUGAUUUUGAACGUGCUAUGAUUUUUAAAGCUGCUAGUUGCAGUACGACAUUCCUUCAUUCCCCAUCCAGCAACACUGUCAGGCACAGAAACAAUGUCACACACCCUGCUCAUGAAAGCGAUGAGGACACCGACCUCCAACAAAGUUAACAGCAGCAGUUAGAACGCACCUCACCUGCAUCAACAUCAAUCUGAGCUGCUUGAGGAAGAAGAGCAAGACAUAAACAUCAAGCAUCAGCUGCACAUGAUGAACUCCCUGCUGAGCCCAAAACAGCAGAGGGCGAUCUGCUCCCAGCUGGGACGUGUCAAACUGCAGCUGCUGUACAAGGCCAGCGUCCACGGAUUCACUGGAGCAGCCUUCCACCAGCGAUGUGACAACCAGGGCCCCACAGUGUCUGUGGGCUUUAACGCCACUGGACACGUGUUUGGAGGUUACACCAGACAAGGGUUCAGUCAGUCUGGUCAGUAUGUGUGCGAUGACCAGGCCUUUGUGUUCACCUUCCAUGGAGAAAACCUCCUCAAGUAUCCAGUCACAACUCCUGCAUACGCAGUGAGAAUGAAUGUUAACUCUGGUCCAUAUUUUGGAGAAGCUUUGAUUCUCAUGUAUAAAAGUAAAGCUAGAGUUUAUAGUGGCCCAGGAAAUUAUUACACCUUCAAUGCUGAAGACAUGCACGGCAACAACCUCAAGCUGACCGAGUGUGAAGUCUACCAGGUGCAAGAAUCCACAGAACUGGAGAAGGAAUGGAGGACAACUAUCUGGGACUCACAGAAAAGGAAGGAGCUGAUGGACAGCAUUCAGGUCUACAAACCAAUUAUCAGCUUUGUGUCCCAGGUUCGAGUUCUGCUCAUCGGACCAGUGGGAGCUGGAAAGUCCAGCUUCUUUAACUCCGUCAACUCAGUGUUCAGAGGUCAUGUGACCAGCCAGGCCAUCGCUGGCUGUUCACAACUGGCUGGCCUCACCAAACAGUUUCGUACCUACUCUAUAAAAGCAGGACGAGAAGGAAAACCUCUGCCGAUCAUCUUAUGUGAUACAAUGGGACUGGAGGAAAGCACAGGGGCGGGGCUUGACACUGAUGACAUCAACAGCAUCCUUAAAGGUCAUGUGCCCGACCGCUACCAGUUCAACCCCUCUGCUCCUCUGCAUUCUGAGGCCCACAAUUACCAAACGUCUCCAGAGCUGAAGGACGAGAUCCACUGUGUGACUUAUGUUAUUGAUGCCUUUAAGAUGUCCAUCAUGACACAAACCCUGGAGGAGAAGCUGAAUGACAUACGAACGACGGUGGACUUAAUGGGGAUUCCUCAGCUGGUCCUGCUCACUAAAGUGGAUGAAGCCUGUCCUCUGGUGAAAGAGAAUGUGAGAAAGGUUUAUAAAAGUAUCUACAUUAAGGAAAUGGUGCAGGAGGUCAGUGAAAGGCUCAAUCUGCCUUUGUCCUGUGUGGUUCCAGUAAAAAACUACAGUGAGGAGCUGGAGCUGAACCCUGACUGUGACAUCCUGCUGCUCAGUGCUGUUACACAGAUGCUUCGCUUUGCUGACAAUUACUUUGAUGAACUCAGUGAUAAGUUGGGCAAAAUUUCAAUGAAAAAAUAUUGGUGCAACAUCUGACCUUGACCUUCAGUCAAUUAUUGUGCACACGUGACUCUAUAUUGGACACAAAAAAUACGAAUAGAAUUAAAUAAGACUCUUUUUGUUCCUGAGUUACUGUUGAUAACAAGGUCCUGAUGUGUUGAUCUGUUAAGGUUGAAGUGAUGUUUAAAUGUAUUCUUCAAUCAUUAGGCACUUCUUUCCAUGCCUUUGUAUUUAUGGAACAGCAACAUCAUUGAUGACAUAAUCAUUAUCCUUAAAACGACAGUAGAAUAUUUCUGGCAACAAUUAAUGACACAAUGUAAUCUUUUACUGUAUUUAUUACACAGUCUUUGGAGGCAUAAACCUUCAUAAAUUAAUGUGGACGUGGCCCAAGAAUUAUAGACUGUGAUGAAAAAUAAAU